AUGGGCAUGGCCGGGGUUUCUGCACCGAACGAUCUUACUUUCGGUCUAUCGAAAGUGUUGAUCGAUAACAAGGCUGUGAACAACACGGAUGCUGACAAGUGGAAUGAUCAGCUACGAAUAUUCGCCGGCGCGCUGCGCCUCCCGCCUGCGGCCUUUCAAAGGUUCGACGCGUACAAGGGCGAGUUCCCGACCCGCGCGGAGCUCGAGUCGGGCAAGUACAAUGGCGUGCUGAUUACGGGCAGCCACUAUUCCGCGGUCGACCCGCAGCAGCAGCACUGGCUCGAGGGCCUCUUCGAGUGCAUCCGAGCGUGCGCUGCGCUGCCGCGGGUGCGCCUGGUCGGCUGCUGCUUUGGCUGCCAGGCCGUCGCGGUCGCCCUCGGGGGCGAGGUCGGCUCCAACCCGGACGGCAGCUUCACCUUUGGCGCAGAGACGAUCGACGUCGACGCGGCUGCCCUCGCCGGCCUGUUCCCGCCGCAGGAGCGUGCGAGCGUGGAGGCGCUCCUGUCGCCGCUGCCGCCAGCGGGCGGCGCUGGCGAGGGCGGCCCGGCCUCCCUCCGGCUGCUGCAGAGCCACGGCGAGCAGGUGCUGCGCAUGCCGGCGGGCUCGCUCCUGCUCGGCUGCUCGCCGACCGCGCGGCACGAGCUCUUCGUCUGCGGCCGCCACCGCAAUGCGCUCUGCUGCCAGGCGCACCCGGAGUUCGACGUGGCGCUCCUCCGCGAGCGCAUCGAGCCGGCGCUGCGCGACAAGGGGCGGAUGACGCCGCUCGAGCUGCAGGCGAGCGCAGCGGGCAUGGCGGCCGGCGGAGCGGAGGCGCUCCGCUCGGAGGCGUGCUCCGUCAAAGCGCUGCGCACCGUCUGCCCGACGGAGGCGCUGCCUGCGCGUCCGACGCCGGUGGGCGACGAGUUCUUUUGCAUCGCCGAGUCGAUGGCGCCGCUCGCAGAGGCGCUCGCGGAGGUCAAGGCGGCGACAGCGCAGGCGCAGGGCGACGGCGGGCACCAUCUGCGCGGGUCGAGCUCGAGCGCGGCGACAACCGCCAUCAUCCCGCGGGCGAACGUGUACGGCGAGACCGACAGGGCGCGGCGGGAUAUUGCGCUUGUGCUGGCGAUCGCUCUCACGGGCAUCGUCCUCAGGGUGCUGCUGCUGCUCGGCGCGCUGUGGUUCGUCCGCUUUGCGCACAAGUCGCUCUGCCGCGAGCGGCGGCAGCUCGACGAGAAGCGUGUGCGCGCCGAGGUCGACUCGAUGCACGAGAUGGGUCGUCCCUGCCGAGCUGUUUGCCUCCUUCUCCUUGUUGCCGAUGCACGAGACGCUGCGGGACGGCACGGCUGCCACCCGCUCUUCACAGUCAACACGCUCGCAUAG